AUGCCGGAAAUCACACUCAGGCCGUACAAAUUAUCCGACGUCGACGACUUUAUCCGGUGGGCUUGUAACUCAGAAGUCCUACAAUACAUCAAUUUACAAUUUUGGGUGAAUGUCAACUCUUCAAGGGAACAAGUUGUAACCUAUUUCAAUGAAGUGGUCAUAACCCAUCCAUGGUACCAAGCCAUAUGUUUGGAUGGUCAAGCCAUUGGCUACGUCGUUCUCGAACGAGAACCCGGGAAGUACGGGCUUGAUCGGGGUAGGGCGAAAUUGUCUUAUGCCUUAGGUCGCGAGUACUGGGGCCGAGGCAUCACCACUAUUGCGGUCAAAACGACUAUUCCGACUGCCUUCCGGAAGGUUCCGGAUCUGGUUAGGAUCGAAGCUUUGGUCGAUAUCGAAAACGAGGCGUCCGAAAGGGUGCUAAAGAAGGUAGGUUUUGUUAAGGAAGGUUUGCUUAGGAAGUAUGUUAUGGUUGUGGAUGGUGAGGGUAUUGAUCUUAAUAUCUUUAGCAUCUUGCCUAAUGAUCCUAUACUUAAUUGA